ACGAAAGAGAGAGGAGACAGGUUGGAAGGAGAAAAGCUGAAACCAAAAAAUAUUAAUGGUGUAGAUGCUAAAACGCGCCGUGUUCCUUCUUCACCACUGCCUCCCGUCUUCAACCUCCUCAGCUCUCCAGACCCUGAUUCACUCGAUUAAUCGAUUCUGAAAAUGAGGGAUCUGCGCCGGAUUAUCGAGCUGGUUGGACUGACGGUGUUUCUUCUCGUCGGGAGGCUAACGUGCGGUGACGCCGUCAGGGCUCCGUCGCGGCCCCUGUGUCCGUUAGAAACCCUCAAAGAGUCUAUAUUUGCCUCCCGGAGCGACGUUUGUUACAUUAGUCGGGACCGAUUUCCUCAUGCUGGCGGCGUGAUUGAGGGGGAUGAGGUUGCAUUGCAGAAGGCGCUGCAUAUGGUCCACAAACACGAAAAUGACUAUGUGUCUGUCCUCUUUUACUCGGCUUGGUGUCCUUUCUCUGGAACAUUUAGACCAAAGCUUUCCAUUUUGUCUUCCAUAUAUCCUUCAAUCCCUCACUUUGCAAUUGAAGAAUCGUCGGUCCGGCCAAGUAUCCUGUCAAAAUACGGAGUUUAUGGGUUUCCUACCUUGAUACUUCUAAACUCUACCAUGCGCAUGCGAUAUCAGGGCUCUCGCACUAUGGACUCUCUAAUUUCUUUCUACGGUGAUGUUACGGGCUUGAAGGCGUCAUCAGCUGAUCCAGUUUAUUUGGAAAAGAUUGGAUGCCCAGGAUCUGACGAAAUGCACAACACUCACCAGGAAACGUGCCCUUUCCCAUGGGCCCGAUCACCAGAGAAUUUGCUGCAGCAGGAAACGUAUUUGGCCUUAGCAACGAUGUUUGUCAUCAUGAGGUUGCUUUACUACACUUUCCCAACGCUACGCAGCUACGGUCAACUGGCUUGGAGGAGGUACAUCAUAAACGCGAGCUUCAGUGGCUUGUGGGAGCAUUCCGUUGUCCACAUCAGUCGACUCCUGCAGCUGUUCAAGUCUCUGAACGAGCCAGGCAAGAAAAGCAAUCUGCAGGAAGGAGCAAAGAACGCCAAGGCUUGGGCGUCCAAGUCUCUAGCAACUGUCUCGUUUGGGGAUGCUAGCUCAAGUCAUAGUAAUAAUGCUCAGUAAUCACAGCUAACUUCUAUCUAUGUACAUUUCUUGGUAGCAGCUGUUCUAGUAGACGAAGAUAUCUCAUAGCAUCAUCAGAGUUUGGGCUGCACAAGGUCUUUACUGGACCAACGCCCCAAUCAAGCCUCGUCAUCAGGAACAACGACGUGGUCAAAUGCAGUCACAGCCGUCUCCUUGCACAAGCCGCAAUCCAGGUUCGCUACUCGCUGAUGUUGGUCCACCCGUCUAUUCAUUUUCAAACUAUUUAGGUAGGGGCGCGCAAGUGUUGUUUCUGCAGUGAUGAUAUAUUCUUGUAACAUAGUGCUGAUUUUGUGUCAUCAUCCUAAAGAAUUGUUAAGAGCAUAUUCUUACCUCCAAUUGUGUAGCUUCUUCCAUUAUUUAUGCAUCAUCGAGUUUCGAAUUCCA